AUGAUGUACGCAGAUUGGAACGAUUGCAUGCAAGGAGACAUCGAUCGAGAUCUUGCGUCUGCAAAGCUGGAUUACCACUCUGCGCUUACCGAUUUUGUCAUGGACCUCACGGAGGAAACGAUGGGUGCUGUUUGCACCGUCAUUCCCGAUGUCAUGAUUGCUCCUUUUGGCGCCGGUAUUUCCUUAAACCCCUCGGAGAUCUGCGACGGCAUUGCCGAACUCCUGGGUGCCGUCAAGAACUUCGCAGGUCCAGUCAGCGGCUUCGCCUUUGCGAAAACCGGUUGGGACAUCGAGCAGGAGGGCUAUGCAGCGUGCAACCCCAUGCAGAUCGGCUUUGCCCGCGCCUUCUGCGACAUCCACUGCGUGAGGGAUGCAGUGAUCCGUGGCGACCGGUCCAUUAUCCGCAACUUAGAGACGGCUACCAAGAAGACCAACAACAACAUGAAGGCCUUGGUUAAGUGGUCCGUGGAUUCCGCCCGGGCGGAGACUGGCUGGCUGGGUGACAAGCUAGACUACAUGCACGUCAUCAACACCGCGUACCUGAAGGAGAUCCACACCAUGCUGACGCAGUCAGCGUCGGAGGACGAGAGUGGGCUGUUGCAGGCCACACAGGCUUCGACCGAUGCCAUGUUUGCUGAGCUGUCUGGCUUUGCGCAGGGCGCCUCCUUCGACGAACUCUCCCGGCUAACGGCCAAGGAAGCCAUCGACUCGUUCCUGCAGGUGCCGGACCUCCCGUCGGCUCCGAAUACCACAGCUGCCCAGGUGCUCCUGGAACGCUUGGACGCCAUGCACCAGACGCUUGGACGCCUGGGCGAGAACCACGGCCGCGGCAAGAGCGAGAUGCUGGCCCGGCAGAUGGCGCGGACGCUGCGGCAAUUGCAGCGCCAAGCGAGCUUCCAACUCCGGACCUUGGGCGUCUACCGACAGGAGAGCAAUGCCAGCAGCCUUAUCGCGAAGUCCGGAGCGUCUUCUCGGGAGCGCCACGAGGUGCUGGUGUCCCUGGACCACAUCUGGUGGCAGUUGAGGGCCAAGCUGGAUGCCUACCUGGAUGUCGCAGAGGAGGAGGUGGAGGCCUUUCAGAGCUCCCUCCUGGAGAUGCGAAGUUACAUGGACUGCCAGAAGGGCUUCCGCGGGCUUGCCUCGAGCUACACGGCCAACAUGGCCACGCUCCGGCGGAGUCACCGGCACCUCCGCAGUGCCUGGCGCCAGGGU